AUGCCAGAAGGUACACCGUCAUCUGUAAUAGACACUUCUACAGUCGUUUCCCACCUUGUACAAGACAUUUCUACCACAUCUAGCGGCAGUAGCUAUAUGAGUACCACGGCUAGCACAUUCUCCACAGCGAUACGGACAGAGUCGAGCUCUAGUACUGUGCUUCAUCGUACCACGGCUGGCGAAGAUGAAGAUGACGGCUCUGAGAGCUAUUCGGCAUUUGACCCUACGACAACACUUACAUCGUCACAUAUGGCGAGUAGCUCGUCGGCACCUGCUACACAUACAACGAAUACCCUCACUCAUGGUCAUAGCACCCCCAGUGUCUCCACCUCCAAGACACCAGAUACAACACAUUCAACCUCCUCGCUCGCAGACACACACUCUGCAGUUGCUGUUGUGCGUGCCAGCUCCGUGCCUGUCGCAUCGAGCGAGAUCGCUGAGCCUACGGUCACGACAACUACAGUCACAUCAACGAUCUUUAAACACCACAGCGUCACAGUCAUUUCCUCUGGGACACAGUUAUCACACUCAUCUCGCCUAUUUGGGGCCAGUUCAUCGACUUGGAAGACCACGAAGUUUACAUCAAAUCUGCUCCCCAAAGUAUCAGCAACUUCUAUCAGCCCCUCUACGAGUUUCUCAUGGAGAGCGACCCCUACAUCUACGUCAGUUCAAUCUUCUACAAUCACACAGACAUCAUCACAUCUCUUCCGCGGAUCCACGGCAACCACAGAUAUUAGGUCUACAGCGUCAUCUAGUCCUACCGUCGGUGUGAUCCGCACCUUACCAGGAGCCGCUUCCUCAGGUGCAUCUACCGGAGCACAUCAGAGCUCAACGGCGACUGCACCACAGCCCGAUCAUACCAGUGCCCAUUUUACCUCGGGCACAGUCAGUAAUACCCAUACCUCCAACACGUGGACCCCACACACCACAGCCACGGCCUUUCACACGGAUUCGAUAUCUCACACGCAGACUGCCACAAGUGCCUUCAUCACCCAACCACCUUCCACCGGUACACACACUACCAAGACCCCCACAACACCAGACAUAACAGGAACGGUCGUCUCAGGAACCGGAAUCGUGAUAAUCAUCCCGGGGAUAUCUACAAGCCGGAACAUAACAAUCCCAUUGAGCCCUGACGAUAACAUUCCCGUCACGGGAACAAUAUCAAUGUCGACAAGUUCACCCCCAGUAACAACGCCCAUCGGGGCCAGCUCACAAUCAGCAUCAGCUACACAAAAUACCACCCCUGCCAUUAGCCCUCAUGCCACGGGGUUGGUGACGACCAUCCAUCCCACCAGUACCGAGACCAAAGUCGUCACCAUUGAAAUGCCAACAACCGAGCAAACCCAGCGGCCGACACCUAAUGCCUCAGUCUCUGUGCCAAGUGAGGGAAGUUCGCAGCUGACUGCACAAGCUACCGGUAGUAAGAAGGCUCCGGGGCCGGCUCCGGCUCCAACGUCGGACAUUGCUGACAAUGGGGUCGUGAAUCCUGUUUCACCGAUGUUUCUUACCGUGACGGAGACGAAGACGGUGACUGAGAAGACUACUGAGACGAAAACUGUUAUGAUGACAGUGACAGCUACUGUUGAUCGAUGA